AUGAGUCUCGGCCCGCAAUGCUGGCGUUGCCGCAAGAAGCGCCUGCGUUGCGACUCUUCUCACCCGUCAUGCAGGAAAUGCCUUCUUGCAGAAGCUGAAUGUCCAGGCUACGGCGACAAGAGACCGAUAGCGUGGCGAAGCCCACUAGUGCCGACGGACAAGGGCAUCGUCCGGAUCCGGGAUCCGGAAAAUGUGAAGAAACGCUCUGCCCCGGCCUCCGUCCUAGGCAUCGUAUGCCGAUCGCCAAGGACGGCCGGCUCCGAGAUGGAGCUCAAGAUAGCCACCGAUGCCAUGGAAUACUAUCUGGUGCCGUACUCGAUAAUACGCAGCCCGUACCAGGUGUCUCCGCCACAGGUUAUCGAACUGGCCGAGUAUCUGCGUAAUGCAUUCAUCUCUAUCGCGGCGCUGCACAGACACGUCAGCGGCGAGCCUUCCUUGGUUUUCAAGCUGUCACCUAGUAAUGAUGGCGGUGCGCAACCGGCCAUCCGCUCUCGUGCUAGGGCGGCUGCGACCACGCCAGAAGACUCCGAGCUCUCGAGACUGGUAGCAGCAGGCGAUUUCAAGAGCGUCUACUUCGCAACCCAAGCUGGUGCAUUGAAGGCCCUGGGUGAAGAACUGCGUACAUACCGGCCUGAUGAGCCGACAGACGCUUUUAGUCCGAGCAUCCUCGUCGGCAUCAUGGUGAUGCUCUCGUCCCAGUUCUCGGCAUACGCCCCCUGGCAAUUCCAUGUCGACGGAGCCUGGGGUCAGGUUCAAGCCCACGGCGGCUUCGAUGUCGUCGCCAGAAUGGAUGUUGAACUCUGUCGAUUGUUGCAGCACUUUGCCGUUUUUGACAUAUUCGGCAUGACCACCCACCGCUUCACAGCGGUGUCUGCCCAGACGGUCGUCCGUCGAGCUUCAUCGUACGCCUCGGUAUUCGAAAACUUCAAUGUGAAAGUCCGUAAUCCAUGGCAGCUGGUUCCAAACGAUUUAGCCAAGAUCUUGAUCCGGAUCAAUGUAGUCCGGGCCAACUACGCUUUGUCUUUGAAUGCAAAGUCUCGUUUAGAAGGACUCCACGACGUCCUGGACUUUCUCGACGGUUCUUGUCCAGAUGACUGGGCUGCCGAAACCCUGACAACUGCCGCAGUUUGGCUGAAGCCGAGUAGACUGAGUGAAGACCGACAAACCAAGGAUGCGUGGAGAGCUUUAAUGGCAGCAUAUCACAGCGCUGCCAUCUUGUAUGCCAUCAGCAGCCUCACAGUCUUUGGUGGCAAUUUGAUGAGUGAAGCUGCUUGGGGUCCGGCUUCCUUCCUUGAGAGGAGGAUGAAUGCAUACCGCGCAGUCCUCUCAUCUCUCCGCGUACUCUUCGACCAAAGGGCUCGGAGACAGCGGCAUGGCACGGUUGAUUCGCAGAGCCCCAUCGCAACCAGCGCAGGUCUGUUGCACAAGUUUGUCAUUUGGCCGAUGGUUAUUGCCGGUACCCAAUCCGCCCUGAUUCAUCACGACGAAAAUGCCACUAGGUUCCUGUGCUCAGGGAUGCAAGCGGUCGGUGAAGAACUGGGCACGGUGAGCAUGAUAGACGGUGCUCGUCUGGUCCAAAGAUUGCAUCACGCAAAAGAGCAUGGUCGCGACUUCUCGUCAUGGGACGACUUAUUCGACGGGGCACCCUUGUUUCUCAUGUGA